GGGACAACGUCUACAGCAUCCUGGCCGUCUGGGGGCUGGGCCUGGCUUACCGCAAGAACGCCGACCGCGACGAGGACAAGGCUAAGGCCUACGAGCUGGAGCAGAGCGUGGUGAAGCUGAUGCGGGGCCUACUCCAGUGCAUGAUGAGACAGGUGGACAAGGUGGAGGCAUUCAAGUACAGCCAGAGCACCAGGGAUUGCCUGCAUGCCAAGUACAACACCCGCACCUGUGCCACUGUGGUGGGGGACAACGAGUGGGGUCACCUACAGAUGGAUGCCACUUCCCUCUACCUGCUCAUGCUGGCGCAAAUGACAGCCUCAGGCCUCCACAUCAUUCACACCCUGGAUGAAGUCAACUUUAUCCAGAACCUGGUGUUCUACAUUGAAGCAGCCUACAAAACUGCGGACUUCGGGAUAUGGGAGCGCGGCGACAAGACGAACCAGGGCAUCACCGAGCUGAAUGCCAGCUCUGUUGGCAUGGCCAAGGCUGCCCUGGAGGCACUGGAUGAGCUGGAUCUCUUUGGAGCGAAAGGAGGCCCACAGUCGGUGAUACGGGUGCUGUCGGAUCAGGUCCAGCACUGCCAGUCCAUUCUCCACUCGAUGCUGCCCAGGGCCUCCACGUCCAAGGAGGUGGAUGCCAGCGUGCUCUCUGUCAUCUCCUACCCAGCAUUUGCUGUGGAGGACGGUGAGCUGGUGGAAAUCACCAAGCAUGAGAUCAUCACAAAGCUGCAGGGGCGCUAUGGCUGCUGCCGCUUCCUCCGGGAUGGAUACAGGACCCCCAAAGAGGACCCCAACCGCCCGUACUAUGAACCUGCUGAGCUGAAGCUCUUUGAGAACAUCGAGUGCGAGUGGCCUCUUUUCUGGGCAUACUUGAUCAUUGAUGGGAUUUUCAGUGGAAACAUGGAGCAGGUGCAGGAGUACCGGGAGGCCCUCGAGGGCAUUCUCAUCAAGGGGAAGAACGGGGUGCGCCUGAUGCCAGAGCUGUACAGUGUCCCAGCAGAUAAGGUGGAUGAGGAGUACAGGAACCCCCACACUGUGGACAGGAUACCCAUGGGCAAGCUGCCGCUUAUGUGGGGGCAGUCCCUCUACAUCCUGGGCUGUCUGAUGGCCGAGGGCUUUCUAGCUCCUGGUGAAAUAGAUCCACUCAACCGCCGGUUUUCGACUGUCCCCAAGCCUGAUGUGGUGGUCCAAGUGUGCAUCCUGGCAGAGACGGAGGGGAUCAAGGCUGUGCUUAGGAAGGAGGACAUCGACGUGGAGACCGUGGCAGAUGUCUACCCCAUCAGGGUGCAGCCUGCUCGCAUCCUUAGUCACAUCUACGCCCGGCUGGGCCGCAACAAGCAGAUGUGCCUGACAGGACGGCCCUACCGGCACAUGGGAGUCCUUGGGACUUCCAAGCUCUACGACAUCAGGAAGAACAUCUUUACCUUUACCCCACAGUUCAUAGACCAGCAGCAGUUCUAUCUGGCUCUUGACAAUAAGAUGAUUGUGGAAAUGCUGAGGACGGAUCUCUCGUAUCUCUGCAGCCGCUGGAGGAUGACUGGGCAACCAACCAUCACCUUCCCCAUCUCCCACACCAUGCUCGAUGAAACGGGCAGCAGCGUGCACCCCACAGUGCUGGCGAUGCUGCGGAAGCUGCAGGACGGGUAUUUCGGUGGUGCAAGGAUCCAGACGGGUAAGUUGUCGGAGUUCCUGACAACGUCGUGCCGAACACACCUCAGCUUUAUGGACCCUGGGCCAGAGGCUGACUCGUACGACGAGGUUGCUCAGUACUUGGACCACCUGCUGCAGCGCACGGUUCCCCACUCAAACCUCCUCCCUCCCACCGCCCAGCGGGGAGGCCUGAACCGAUUCCGGGCUGCCGUGCACACCACCCGCGACCUCAUGUCCCUGGCGUCCAAGGCCAAGGACCUUCAUGUCCAGAAUGUUGGGAUGUAUGUCCCCAGCAAGAUCUUUCAGGCAUCCCAGCAGUCAGUCAAGCUGCUGAGUUCACCCCACCAGCAUGACAUGGAUGGCAAGAGCCACACGCCCUGUGCAGAGAUGAAUCUGCCCCGUGAUGAGGAUGGUAAUGUUGACUGCAAAGCACUGGUGGACCAGCUGCGCAUGUGCCCGACGCUGCAGGAGCAAGCAGACAUCCUCUACAUGCUCCACAUCCUCAAGGGCCCCGAGUGGCACACGGGGCUUGAUAGCGAGCCUGGUCCCACUGUCAAAGAACUUCUCACGGAGCUGUACGUGAGGGUGGGGCACACGCGCCAGUGGGCGCUGAUCCGCUACAUCUCCGGCAUCCUCAAGAAGAAAGUGGAAGCUCUGGACGAGGCCUGCACUGACCUCCUGUCUCACCAGAAGCACUUGACGGUGGGGCUGCCCCCAGAACCACGUGAGAAGACAAUCUCUGCCCCGCUCCCUUAUGAGCAGCUUGUUUGCCUCAUUGAUGAAGCCAGUGAGAAGAACCUCAGUGUAUCCAUCCUCACCCAGGAGAUCAUGGUGUACUUGGCCAUGUACAUCCGUACGCAGCCUGCGCUCUUCACCGAGAUGUUCCGCAUCCGCAUCGGGCUCAUCAUCCAGGUGAUGGCAACGGAGCUGGCGCACUCCCUGCGCUGCUCGGCUAGAGAAGCCACUGAGAACCUGAUGAAUCUCAGUCCAUCAGACAUGAAGAGCCUUCUGUACCACAUCCUCUCUGGCAAGGAGUUUGGGGUGGAAAGGAGCGUGCGAUCGGUCGACUCAUCGCUCACCACCUCUGUCUCCAUCUGUGAGGUGGAGGCUGUCGGGGCCACCAAGCCUGAGCGUGCUGGCAUUGUCAGGCUGAAAAGUGAGAUCAAACAGCAAUUGGAUAAACGUAGGCAGUCUCUGACUGGGAAUAAGCCUCUCAGUUUGCAGUCCGGGGACAGCGACUUGAAGUCCUCUCUGUCCACUGGGCAUGCGGAGCUGCUGGGCAAGGGCUCCUUCUCAAGCAUGCUAGAGGACCAGGGCAGCAAGGACAGCCGCCAGGGCCAGUGGCAGCGGAGACGGCGCCUGGAUGGGGCCCUCAACCGUGUCCCUGUGGGCUUCUACCAGAAGGUCUGGAAGGUCCUGCAGAAGUGCCAUGGCCUCUCUGUGGAAGGCUUUGUUCUCCCCUCUUCAACAACCAAAGAGAUGACUCCAGGGGAAAUCAAGUUUGCUGUGCAUGUGGAGUCAGUCCUCAACCGUGUGCCCCAGCCGGAGUACAGGCAGCUGCUGGUGGAGGCUAUCUUGGUGCUCACCAUGCUGGUGGACAUGGAGGUGGACACCAUUGGCAGCAUCAUAGCCGUGGAAAAGAUCUUGCACAUGGCAAAUGACCUCUUCUGUGAGGAGCAGAAAGCCCUGGGUGCUGACGACCACAUGCUGGAGAGGGAUCCCACGACGGGCAUCUGCAGCCUGCUGUACGACAGCGCGCCGAGCGGUCGGUUCGGCACCAUGACCUACCUGUCCAAGUCGGUGGCCAUGUACGUGUACGACUUCCUGCCCACCAACGGCUGCUCCAUGCAGUAGCUCCUGCAGCUCCUCUCCUCAGGCUGUAGGUGCUGCGGGAGGGUUGUUCCAUACAGCUUU